AUGAUCGGUUCUAAGGAAAACGAGGUUGAGGCUGUACAGUACCUUCUUAAGGAGCUUAAUCAAAUUAAGGAUGAAUCCCUAAAAGAUUACUUCGAUAUUGAAAUUGACUUAUCGCAAGUCUCCGGUCAAUUUAAAUAUGCAAAUCUGAUUAUCUUGUAUCAAGGAGUUCAAAAUAUUGCUGUAAAAAUAGCUCCCAAAAACAGCAAAAGCGAUUCAUAUCUCCUUGUUAACAGCCACUAUGAUUCCAAGCCAGAAACUCCGUCUGCCGGUGAUGCAGGUUUUAUGAUUGUCACGAUAGCCGUGGUUAAUCUCGAUGCUGCUGGAAGUGGAGGGCGUGAAUUACUCUUCCAAAGUGGCCCCAACUAUUCUUGGCUUGUAGACUAUUACAAUAAGUUUGCCAAACAUCCCUUUGGCACAACAUUGGCCGAGGAAAUUUACCAGUCUGGUGCGCUGCCUUCUGAUUCUGACUAUACAAUUUUUAAAGAGCACAUUCCAGGAUUAGACCUGGGUCAAUGCUACAACGGUUUCGUAUACCAUACCAAGUACGACGUGAUCGACGUUAUUCCUCGAGAAUCCUUGCAGAACACCGGUGACAAUGUCCUAAGUCUAGUUCGAGGAUUGGCUAAUGCAACCGAAUUACACGAUACAGAAGCUCAUAAAACUGGACACGCUGUGUUCUUUGACUUUCUGGGAAUCUAUUUUGUACACUAUUCAGAGGCUACGGGAAUAUCGGUUAAUUUUGGCGUUGCCGGAGCUGCAUUCCUUUUGGUUUUCAUUUCAGUGUGGCGCAUGGCAGCUGUCUCCCACGUUUCCAUAUGCCACGUGGUUUGCUGGUUUAUAUUGGUCCUCAUCGUCCAGGCUAUCUCUUUUGUACUCGGACUGGCUCUUCCUAUUGUGGUUUCAUAUGUAUUUGACAAUGUAGGACUUUCGCUGACUUACUAUAGCACCCCGUUGCUGGUGAUCGGUCUUUACGUGUGCCCCUCACUCAUUGGCCUUAGUUUGCCCAUAACUGUAUACUACAAUAUCCAGUGCAACAUUCCUCUUAUCAAUACUUUCCGACGACCCAGUUUUGUGGUGUUCUCCCUGCUUGCAAUCACAGCUGUCGCUAUGUACUUAGCAAGUAGCACACAAAUCGGGUUUCCCUAUCGGCCACGGACCAAUGGACAGCGAGUUGCAUACCUGCAAGUGCGAAAUAUGUUCUAUGAGUACGAUGGAGCUCUCAGUAAGGACGAAUCUGGUUAUCUAUUUAAUUUUCAAGAUAGACGUGAAGAAAAACCUUUCUUGGGCUCAAACGUCAAUCUGACUGGAUUGGUUAGCAUAAAAUCGAGAUGCGAGAAGCACAUGAUGUGUGGAAUGCCUUUGUAUGAUUUUCGCUACGUUGACAACCGGCUGCAAAGUAAAUGGUUGCCACGAUCUGAGCCCAUUGUACCACCAGGAUUGACCACAUUGAAUGUGCGGAGCAAGACUGUUCUUAAUUCAACCACUGUCCGAUUUGAGUUUAGUUUAAUAGGCCCCCCUCAAAUGAGUCUGUUCUUUGAGCCCUACGAAGAUGUGACAAUUAGCAACUGGUCGUUUUUACAAAGCUAUCUUCAGAAUCGCCCACCUUAUCCUCUGUCGUACCAUAUAUUCUUCAAUUAUGGCAUUGAUAAAUCACCUUUAAACUUUUUCGUGGAAAUUUCGAUUUCGUACGAGUCUGUCGAAGCAUCUAGAAAUGUUCUAAAGAAGGACGAAUCCUUUAAAGUACCUUGGUACUUUGCAAGUGGUUUUCUGUUGUUCUGGGUACUUCUAUUUUUCGCCGUCAUGAUACCUUUUUUUUAUCGGUUACCGACGGCCUUAACAAUAGAAGAUUCAAAGAAAAAUGUGUUCAUUGCGGAACGUGCGUACAAAAACCUCUACACUCUGUCUAAUAUUGGUACCAAAUUGACUGGCAGUAAGGAAAAUGAGGUUGAGGCAGUAAACUUUAUCCUAAACGAAGUGACACAAAUAAAGGAAGAUAUGCUAGAGGAAUUUUUCGAGAUGGAAAUUGACUUAUCGAAAGUUUCUGGAGUUCAGGGAUAUGGUACUUCAUUUGAUGUAUAUCAAGGCAUUCAAAAUAUAGUUGUUAAGCUAACGCCAAAAAGUAGCAAGAGUGAAUCGUACCUUCUAGUUAACAGUCACUUUGACUCCAAGCCGUUUACUCCAUCUGCCGGAGAUGCAGGUUUUAUGAUUGUCACGAUGUUGGAAGUCCUGCGUGUCAUUGCAACAACAAAGAAAGCCUUUGAACAUCCAAUCGUCUUUCUAUUCAAUGGAUCUGAAGAGGGCUAUUUGCAAGCUUCACAUGGAUUUAUAACACAGCACAAAUGGGCGCCAUACUGCAAAGCUGUCGUUAACCUAGACGCUGCUGGUAGUGGAGGUCGCGAAGUUCUAUUCCAAAGUGGUCCCAAUCAUCCUUGGCUUGUUAAAUAUUACAAAGAAUAUAUUAAAUAUCCGUUCGCUACUACGAUGGCUGAGGAAAUCUUCCAAUCAGGCAUUAUUCCAUCGGAUACCGACUUUCGACAGUUUAAAACGUAUGGCAACAUCCCAGGUUUGGACAUGGCUCAAUUUAUUAAUGGAUUCGUAUACCAUACAAAAUACGACGUGAUCGAUGUAAUUCCUCGUGAAGCAUUGCAGAACACAGGGGAUAAUAUAUUAAGUUUGGUUCGCGGCUUAGCGAACGCAACUGAAUUGCGAGAUACAGAGGCAUAUAAGAGUGGAAACGCUGUCUUCUUUGAUUUCCUGGGACUCUACUUCGUCCAUUAUUCAGAGACUACGGGAAUAUAUUUGAAUUUCGGCGUUCCUGGAGCUGUCCUGAUUUUCAUUGUUGUUUCAAUGUGGCGUAUGACAGCUAUUUCCCGCGUUUCCAUAUGCCAUGUUGUGCGUUGGUUUAUAUUGGUGCUAAUCAUCCAAACUAUUUCUUUUGUACUUGGACUGGCUUUUCCUAUAGUGGUGGCAUAUGUAUUUGACAAUUUGGGACUGUCGCUCACUUACUAUAGCACUCCAUUGUUGGUAAUUGGUCUUUACGUGUGUCCCUCACUCAUUGGCCUCAGUUUGCCUUUAACAAUAUACUAUAAUCUCCAAGGCAACGAUAAAAUAUCGACUGCCUAUCAUCUCCAACUGGCAUUGCAUGCCCAGGCCGUUAUACUGGCUCUUUUAACUAUUGGUCUUACAUUAUUUGGCUUGCGUUCUGCAUAUAUUUUCGUUGUUCCACUAAUUUUCUACGUAUUAUCUUUGGCCUUUAAUUUAUUGACUACUCUGCACGAUCGUGGCUAUGCCUGGACGGGUCUGCUUAAGGCAAGCCAGAUAAUUCCUUUUCUAUACAGCAGCUACCUCUUUUACACAUUCGUUGUAGCGCUUACACCUAUGGGUGGGCGUGCGGGGAGUUCUUCCAAUCGGGACUUGUAUAUUGCUGUCCUGGCAGCAGCAGGAUCGAUUCUCUCGUUUGGUUUCUUGAUCCCGGUUAUCAAUGCUUUCCGACGACCCAGCUUUGUGGUGUUCUCUCUGCUUGCAAUCACAGCCAUCGCGAUAUACUUAGCGAGUAGUACACAAAUAGGAUUCCCGUAUCGACCGAAGACCAACGGUCAGCGGAUUGCAUAUCUGCAAGUGCGAAAUAUGUUCUACGAAUACGAUGGCACUCUCAGUAAGGAUGAAUCGGGAUACCUGUUUAAUUUUAUGGAUCGGCGUGAAGAAAAGCCUCUCUUGGGUUCAAAUGUCAAUUUGACUGGAUUGGUUAGCAUGAAUUCGAAGUGCGAGAACCAUAUGAUGUGUGGCAUGCCCUUGUAUAGUUAUGGAUAUAUUCAGAAUCGUCUUCAAAACAAAUGGUUGCCGCGAUCUGAACCUAUCGAAACCCCAGCAUCGACCGCAUUGCAGAGGUUAAGCAAAACAGUUGUCAACGCCACAACUGUGCGCUUCGAAUUCAAUUUGACAGGCCCCUCGCAGAUGAGUUUGUUUAUCGAGCCCUAUGAAGAUGUGACUUUAAGUAAAUGGUCAUUCGUGAGCAAUGGUCAGGUACCAUCAGCGUCCCAGCAACCAUAUUCUAUAUUUUUUACAUAUGGCAUUGAUAGCUCUCCAUUAAACUUCUUCUUGGAAUUAACGAAACCAAACGGUAAUUUCAACGUGCCAUUAUUUCAAUUGGGAGUGUCAAGUCAUUUUAUUACAAAUGAAGGUGAUGCUCAAAGCGUGAAGUUCGCGUCUUCAUUCCCUUCAUAUGCAAUUCUGGUGCAGUGGCCCUCAUUAUACCAGAGAUACAUUUUUUGAAUUAACAAAAAUAUUAUUAUCAAGGAUGUAAGCCGUUCGAAUCUGGUGCUCUAACAUACACGUAUUUAAGUAUAAUUUGUAUGUAUGUUGUAUUUGUAAUUAUGUGAGUUAUAAUAUUCUAUUCUAUUUUCUCAGAUUUUGCUUAACCAAUUUUAACAAAUAAUUUUGAUAGCUCUUCUGUU